AGCAGGGCAGGUAUUCAGAGAGAAGGAGACAAUGGACCUGGUGUAUUCCCCCUCUGUGUGUCUAUUGCUGGUAACAGCUGUAUUAAUUCUGCUUUAUGCUUUGAGAGACUGGAUAAGAAGACCAGCUAAGAAUUUCCCUUCAGGGCCCCCAUCGCUACCGUUGAUUGGACAUUUGCACAUGAUAAAUCUCAAAAGGCCCAGUGAUGCACUAAUGAAGAUGUCAAGGAAACAUGGCAAUAUAUUCAGGGUUCAGAUGGGAACUGUGGAAAUGGUUGUGCUGUCAGGCUAUGACGCAGUGAAGGAAGCCCUUAUUGACAAUGCAGAAGUAUUUUCAGAAAGACCUUUUGUCCCAGUUUUUGAAGACAUGCACCAGGGAUACGGUAUUCCAUUCGCUCGUGGUGAUAACUGGAAAGAGAUGAGAAGGUUUACCCUUUCCACAUUCCGUGACUUUGGCAUGGGCAAAAGAACUAUAGAGGAUAAGAUCAUUGAGGAAUGUGGUUUUCUGAUUAAAGAAGUUGAAGUAUAUAAAGAUGAGCCUGUCGAGCUAAAAGAAUUCAUAAGUGUUGCUGUUGGCAAUAUCAUUUCAUCUAUUGUGCUUGGACACCGCUUUGAUAAUUACCAGCACCCAACUUUAUUAAGAGUUCUGCACCUCGUUCAUGAAAAUUUCAGACUUCUUGGAAGUCCUUCAGUUAUAUUAUACAAUAUAUUUCCAAUUUUACGCUUCUUCCCCGGUGACCACAAGAGAAUUAUGAAAAAUCUGGAGGAAUUGCAUAGCUUUCUGCGGGAAACUUUUAUGAAGCACCUUAAAGUUCUUGAACGAGACGAUCAAAGAGGUUAUAUUGAUGCAUUUCUUGUCAGGCAACUCGAGGAAAAAGGGAAUCCUAAGUCUUAUUUUCAUGAAAAGAACCUUAUAAGUAUUCUGGCAACUUUAUUUGCUGCUGGAACAGACACAACAAUCGCCUCUAUCCGCUGGGCAAUAUCCUUUAUGGUAAAAAAUCCUCUUAUCCAAAAACGUGUUCAUGAGGAAAUUGAUCGAGUGAUUGGAUCAUCUCAGCCACAAUUUCAUCAUCGCAAAAGUAUGCCCUAUACCAACGCUGUCGUUCAUGAAACGCAAAGGGUUGCCAAUGUUGUGCCAAUGAAUUUACCACAUGCAACCACCAGGGAUAUUAACUUCAAGGGUUAUCAUCUGCCAAAGGGUACCUACGUUGUCCCACUGCUCGAGUCUGUUCUCUUUGACAAAACACAGUUCGAAAGAGCAGAAGAAUUUUAUCCGGAGCAUUUCCUGGAUUCAGAUGGCAAAUUUGUCAUGAAACCGGCCUUUUUGCCCUUCUCAACAGGAAAGAGGAUCUGCAUAGGAGAAACACUUGCCAAAAUGGAGCUGUUCCUUUUCUUUACAAGCCUCAUGCAGAAGUUCUCUUUUCAUCCUACGCCUGGGGACCCAAACUUUGAUGUCAAGCCGGCUAUCGGUUUAACAAGUCCUCCACUUCCACGAAAACUUUGCAUUGUGCCACGCUCAUAAGUUCAACUCCAUUAGCAUAAAUUUAAAUUUGGCAUUUGUGUGGUUUUCUUUUUGCCCCUUUUGUAAAGUGUAUGACAUGCAAAUGAAUGAGGCUUAACUCAUUUAUCAUAUUUAUGCAUCCAGUUGUCCCAGUAAUAAAUGAGCUCUAGAAUUUACAGAUAUAUUUCUGGCUGUAGAAAGUCUUUCACUUUGUUCUGUUUGUGUAAAUAUGGUUUGAAUAAAAGAGCAUAAUAAUUAAAGAGAAGCAAAA